GUAGAUGAUUGAUAAUAGUCUUGUAGUUGGUGUCAAUCCUCUUGCACACCUUAAGGAUGGAGCCAUUGAUUUUGUUGCUGGAACGGCUGGUGGUGUUGCAAUUGUUUAUUCUGGACAGCCUCUUGAUACAGUCAAAGUAAAGAUGCAAGCAUUCCCUACAUUAAAUCGCAAUUGGCUAAGUUGCUUUGGCAAUAUUAUGAGGACCGGGGGCAUAAAAGGAUUGUAUGCAGGUUCAAUACCAUCCUUAGUGGCCAAUGUCUCCGAAAACGCGGUCCUGUUCACUUCAUAUGGAUUUUGUCAAAAAGCUGUAGGGUAUGCAAGUGGAUCCAAUACAACUGGGCCGUUGGGGAAUGCUACAGGUUUUUUGUUCAAUUUUUGGUUUGGGAGGGUAGAUAAUUUCGAAAUUGUCAAGACGCAACUUAAAAUAUUGACCCCAAGGCUUCGCCCUAAACUAACUUAA